AUGGAACUUACCAUGGAGAACCUAGGGGGCCUCCACGGAGUGGCCCACUCCCAGGCGGGCGAGCUCAUGAGCUCGGCCCACGGGCGGCAGGCUCCGCAUCGGAACCUAGUGGCCCACGGGCGGCCGGCCAUGGUGUCCAGCAUGGCCUCGAUUCUGGAGGGUGGCGAGUACCGGCCGGAGCACCCGCUGUCCGCCCCGCUGCACCCGGCCAUGAGCAUGGCGUGCGAGUCGCCGUCGGGCAUGAGUUUGAGCGGCACCUACACGACGCUGACUCCGCUCCAGCACCUGCCCCCCAUCUCCACCGUCUCGGACAAGUUCCACCACCACCACCACCACCCCCACCACCACCACCAGCGCCUCCCGGGCAACGUCAGCGGCAGCUUCACGCUCAUGCGGGACGAGCGCAGCCUGACCUCGGUGGGCAACCUGUACGGCCACUACCCCAAGGACAUGACCGGCAUGGGACAGCCCCUGUCCCCUCUCUCCAACGGCCUGGGCACGUUGCACAACUCUCAGCAGCCUCUAGCGCCCUACGGUCCCGGCGGCCAUCUGGCCAACGACAAGAUGCUGUCGCCCAACGGCUUCGAGACUCACGCGACGAUGCUGUCUCGGGGGGAGGAUCCCCUGGCUCGGGGACUGGGGGCGCCCAGCGCGAGCAUGAUGCCCCCGCUCAAUGGCAUGCACCCGCACGGGCAUCACCCAGGCCAAGGCAGCGGCUCGCUCCUGGGCGACAGGGAGCGGCAAGCGGCCGCCUCGGGUUCGCAGCCCGGCGGCUCUGGCCAGGUGGAGGAGAUCAACACCAAGGAAGUGGCUCAGAGGAUCACGGCCGAGCUGAAGCGCUACAGCAUCCCCCAGGCCAUCUUCGCCCAGCGGAUCUUGUGUCGCUCGCAGGGGACCCUGUCGGACCUGCUGAGGAACCCCAAACCCUGGAGUAAGCUCAAGUCCGGGCGGGAGACUUUCCGAAGGAUGUGGAAAUGGCUGCAGGAACCGGAAUUUCAGAGGAUGUCGGCGCUGAGGCUUGCAGCUUGCAAACGCAAAGAGCAGGAGCAGCAGAAAGAUCGGAACCUGCAGCCCAAGAAGCAGCGGCUGGUCUUCACGGACCUGCAGCGCCGCACCCUGAUUGCCAUCUUCAAGGAGAACAAGCGGCCGUCCAAGGAGAUGCAGAUGACCAUCUCCCAGCAACUCGGCCUGGAGCUCAACACCGUCAGCAACUUCUUCAUGAACGCCCGCCGGCGGUGCAUGAACCGCUGGCAGGAGGAGCCGGGCACCAACCCAGGCGGUGUGCCCUCCUCCUCCACAAGCACUUUCUCCAAAGCAUGA